GACCCUCAAUACUUAGAUAUUUUUCGUUUGUUUUGUACGAGUACGCGUUGUUGAUACCUCUAGAGAGAGAGGAGGGGGUCCCGUCUCUGGAACUUUCCUACUGUCUAUCAUCUCAGCCAUCGCUGUGGAUUGUGUUUAAGGCACGCAUAGGAAACCAAGGGACCAAUACCAAUUUAUCGGCGUAUAAAGUGUAGCUGUGCACAGCACAUACUCUCUGCAGCACUUCAACAUGACCAGUGUCAAGCGAGAGCGCAUUGCCAAUGGGGAUGCUCAUCAGUUUAAGAAGGUAAAGGUAGAGGAACUUCCAUUCGAGGAUGUUGUACCUAUAGGUGCACGUUCACGCAGAGCUUCUCAGGCUAGAAGGCCAAAAUAUAACGAUGAUUCAGAUGAUUCGGAUGAUGCUCCUUUGGCUCCGAAGAAAACUGCCGUGAAGAAGGAAGCGAAGCCUAAGGCAGUUGUUAAGAAGAAUUCAACAAGUAAGAAGGCACCGGCGGAGACCUCUGGUAAAACAGCCAAACCCGCGGCGAAGGUUAAAGCGGAGCCCAAAAGGCCGUUGGUUAAAGAUUCCGACGACUCCGAUGACGAACCAUUGGCGAACAUGGUCAAGAAGAAGAAGCCGGCAGCCAAGAAGCCGGCAGCAAGCAAAGCCAAACCUAAGGGCAAACCGGGCGCUGUAAAGAAAGAGGCCCGUACCAAAAGUGUAAAGAGGGAAAUAGAUUUGCAGGAUGGCGAGACCAAGUCUGAGGCUCGUAAGCGAUUGGCGCGCCAGGAGGAACAGAAGGACAUUUGGAAGUGGUGGGAAGAAGAUCUGGAGUACGAGGAUGGGCAGGU